UCCAUUUUGGAAAUAGUUGGGGUCAGUCGGUUGCUUACUUGCUUUCUCCAUCGAAAAAAUAUUAUACUAAUAAUAAUAAAAAAACAGAAAAAUAAAAAUCAUAGUAUCACUGCAGCUCUGGAAAUGGCAGAGCAAAACAAAAAUUAAAUAUUAAAUCAAAUCAUCAAAAAUCAAACACAGAGAUCACAUAAAGAGCUCCUACUGAAUUUCAAUAGUGUAGAGGGUUUUACAAAUUUGUACAGCAAGUUUGUUCAAGUACAAGAAGAAGAAGAAGAAGAGGAAGAAGAAGAGCUGAGCGCUAGAGGGAGAAUUAAUGGCUAGGGGCAGCGAUAAGAUACCGGUGGAGUUGUGUAAAGGCAUCAACGGAUUCGACAAGGUCGUUCUCCGCGAGACACGCGGCAGUUCCGUCGAGGUGUAUCUAUAUGGGGGUCAGGUAACAUCUUGGAAGAAUGACCACGGAGAGGAGUUGCUUUUUGUUAGCAGUAAGGCUCAAUUUAGGACUUCAAAGGCUAUACGAGGAGGUAUUCCAAUAUGUUUCCCUCAAUUUGCAAGUCAUGGUGGUCUUGAGUCACAUGGAUUUGCAAGGAAUAGAUUUUGGAGCAUCGACUCUGACCCACCUCCUUUUCCAACAAUUUCUUCUAGUAGGGCUUUUAUUGAUUUGAUCCUCAAGCCCACUGAAGACGAUAUGAAAAUUUGGCCUCAUAGUUUUGAAUUCCGCUUGAGGGUAGCUUUGGGACCGGGAGGAGAUUUGAUGCUGACAUCUCGGGUUCGAAAUACCAAUGCUGAUGGCAAGCCAUUUUCAUUCACUUUUGCAUAUCACACUUAUUUCUCCGUUUCAGACAUCAGUGAAGUUCGAGUUGAAGGCUUAGAGACUCUGGAUUAUCUUGACAACCUGCAGAAUAAGGAACGGUUUACUGAGCAAGGGGAUGCAAUAACUUUUGAAUCAGAAAUUGAUAAGAUAUACCUCAGCACUCCAACGAAGAUAGCAAUUCUGGAUCAUGAAAAAAAGAGAACAUUUGUAUUACGGAAAGAUGGACUUCCAGAUGCCGUGGUGUGGAACCCAUGGGAUAAGAAGGCAAAAGCUUUGGCUGAUUUUGGGGAUGACGAAUACAAGCACAUGUUGUGCGUGGAGGCUGCAGCCAUCGAAAAGCCUAUUACGUUAAAACCUGGUGAAGAAUGGAGAGGAAGGCUUGAACUUUCUGCCGUUCCUUCCAGUUACUGUAGUGGCCAACUUGAUCCUCAGAAAGUUCUGAGCAGCUAAGAAGCAAUGUGUACUAUUUUGGUCUUAAAAGAUUUCUGUACUGUACAGCUACAUUGGCUGUAAGUUCCAAUCAAGUGCUCUAAAUAUUUGCUCUUGUAUAAUUUCAGUAUCGGAAUUUCACUUCUUUGAGAUCUUAUCAAGUAUGCUUUGCUUGAGAAAUUGUAAGAUUGACUAUUGCAAUUCUUAUACAACAAUAUUGUGAAAUGAAAUGGUUCUUUUCUUAUUUCCAA